AUGGCACUGCCCACGCUGCCCUCCUCCUGGUGCAGCCGGAGGUUCCUGGACCAGCAGGCAGCGCGGCAGCGACGCCGAGAGCAGGAGGCCCGGCUGCGGCAGCAGUGGGAUGCGAACAGCCGCUACUUCAGGAUCUCCACCGUCUGCAGCGCCAAGCUGGCCGAGUGGAGCUCCCAGGCCUCCUACCAGCGGAGCAUGCACGCCUACCAGCGCGAGAAGAUGAAGGAGGAGCAGCGGAGGCAGCUGGUGGCCAGGCGGGAGAGACUCCAGCAGCUCCUGCUGGAGGAGCAAGACCUGCUGGCCAGAGAACUGGAGGAGCUGAGGCUGAGCAUGAACUUGAGGGAGCAGAGAAUUCGGGAGCAGCACAGGAAUCUCAAGUCAGCCCGGGAAGAGCAGAGGAAGCUGAUUGCAGAGCAGCUGUUGUAUGAACACUGGAAGAAGAAUGACCCCAAACUCCGAGAGAUGGAGUCGGACCUUCACAAGCAGCACGUGAUCACCUCCUGGCAGACACAGAAAGAAGAGAGAAAGCAGCAAGAAGCCGUGGAGCAGGAGGAGAACGAGCGGCAUGAGAGUGAAGGUGAGGCGGCCCGCAGGGAGGCCCUGGGACGGAUGGAAGCGGAGGAGGCGCGGAGGCAGCUGGAGGGCAAGCUGCAGGCGGAGGCGCUGCUGCAGCAGAUGGAGGAGCUGAAGGUGCAGGAGCAGGAGGCCGCCAAACUGAAGAAGGAACGGGAGAACCUGCUGAGGCAGCGGUGGGAGCUGGAGCGGCUGGCGGAGGAGCGGGAGCAGAUGGCGGCCCUGCGGCAGAAGGCGGAGCUGGGACGUUUUUUGAGACAUCAAUAUAACGUGCAGCUCAACAGACGCGCACAGCAGAUCCAAGAGGAACUGGAGGCGGACAAGCGCAUCCUGCAGGCGCUCCUGGAGGAGGAGGAGACCCAGCGGGAGCACUCGGCGCUGCGGCGGGAGCAGGCCCGGGCGGACGCGGCGUGGAUGCAGCAGGUCCUGGAGCAGCAGCUGCAGCGGGAGCGGGAGCAGGAGGCGGAGCUGCAGACGCUGCUGAGGGAGGAAGCCAAGGAGAUGUGGGAGAAGAGAGAGGCCGAGUGGGCCCGGGAGAGGAGCGCCCGGGACAGGCUGAUGGCCGAGGUCCUGGCAGGGAGACAGCAGCAGAUACAGGAAAAGAUUGAACAGAACCGACGGGCGCAGGAGGAAUCCCUCAGACACAGGGAGCAGCUUAUUCAGAACCUGGAGGAGGCCAGAGAGUCAGCUCGGCGAGAGAAAGAGGAGAGUGAAGAACUGAAAUCGGCCAGGAAGCAGGAGCUGGAAGCCCAGGUGGCGGAGCGCCAGCUGCAGGCCCGGGAGGCAGACCAGCAGGAGGCGGAGGAAGAGGAGGCGGCGAGGCAGGCAGAGCAGCUCACCAGCGCCCGGCUGCAGCAGGAGGCGAGGACGAUGGCCGAGCAGGGGUACCGGCCCAAGCCUUACGGACAUCGCAGGAUUGCUUGGAACUGA